AUGACGAUAAAGAAGAAGAAAAAGAAGAAAAAGAAAUCAGUGCAUAGCGAGAUACGCGCCACUGCCCUCAUCAGCACCACCAGCACCAGCAGCUGCAGCGGCAGUCAACAGCGGCACUCGGUCAAUCUGGGCGAAGUCCUGCAGUCCAACCACCGACGAGCCGACAAGGAGCAGCUCGACGCGGCCGGCGGCGGCACUGGCGGGGCCAACGUUAAGACCCUGCGGGCCAUCAAGCGGGCCUCGCAGCCGAUCCCGCUCGACCACCUGGAGGAGAGCCAGGAGGGCGAGAGCGAGUCGGAGUCGCUGGCCAGCCGGGACGAGGAGGCCAGUACUGGUGAAGAGGAUCGGCAGCGACCGACGACAGCGUACGUGGUGCCCGACGAUAGGCUGGUCAGGCAGUAUUCACAUUUCGACAACGCCGACGCGGUCGCCGCCUUCAACGCCAACCCGCAGAAGGCCAUUAAAGCUAUGAUUGAAGCGGGACAAGUUGAGGGAAGCCCGGAGAGUGUGGCGGUGUUCCUGUACUGCUGCAAGCGACUCGACAAGGCGCAGAUCGGCGAGUUUAUCGGCGAUCACAAGGGACUCGGGCGGGAGGUGCUGGACCACUUCGCGCGCCUGUUCAACUACACAGACCUCGAUUUUGACAUUGCGCUGCGACGAUUCCUCUCCUAUUUCCGACUGCCGGGCGAGGCGCAGAAGAUCGACCGCAUCAUGAACGCCUUCGCUCUCCAAUUCUACCUCCACAACAAGGGCGACAUAUUCCUUUCCGCAGAUACGGUGUACAUUUUGGCGUUUUCGGUGAUCAUGCUCAACACGGACGCGCACAACCCGAAUAUCAAGAAGAAGAUGACCGAGCAGGAGUUCGUGCGGACCAACCGCGGGAUCAACGAGGGUCGGGACAUCGUGCCCGAGUACCUGAUCGACAUCUACUGCCGCAUCGUCACCAACGAGAUCAAGAUGGAGCACGAGUCCUUCCCCGACGCCCUCAAGAUGGGUUGGCUCUGGAUCAAGGGUGAUGUGCUGGACGAGCGCCUGCGCAAGCCGAAGCUGCUGGGCGGCAAGAAGAAGGUCCGCUGGUACCGGCUCUGGUUCAUUCUCUGCGAGAGCGGCCUCCACUUCUACCAGGACGUCCGCUUGAAUCAGCCGGUUGGGGCGAUGUCGCUGCGGGACGUCAAGUACCGCAUGCUGAGCGAGGAGAGCGACGACGACGAGCUGCGCCGCGCGCUCGAGAACGACAAGAAGAAGCAGCUCAGCGCCCACUGCCUGCUGCGGGUCACCACCCUCCACCCGGGCGUCGCCUCGCUGGGGGAGCGGGUCUUCUACUUCGCGCUCCCCACCCGCCGCGAGGUCAACGUGUGGGUCUCCCUCCUGGGCAAGUGCGCCCUGAUAGCCAGCCCACCGCAGGCGCAGCUUUUAUCGGCGUCGUCGCCUCGACAGACUGCUUCGCCGCCACCGCCGCCGCCUCCGCCGCCACCGCCCGCGUCGCUGGUGUUUUUGUCAGACGCGGGCGCCUCGUUGGUGACGAGUCCGCGCGCGACCGUCGCCGCCGGCGUCGCCGACUUCGUCGUCACCGUCAUCGUAUUCGCCGACGUCGUCGUCACCGUCAUUGGCCACCACCACCAGGUCAUGCCGCCGCCGCUGGCCGGUGGUGUGCAGGGGCCGCUGUGGCUGGGCAACAACCAGCACUCGCCCCAGCACCCGACCAAGCCGCCAUACGCCACCGCGGCCACGAGUGCACUUGCGAAGCACACGCGGGCGCCCAUCGGCAAGAGCGUGUGA